CCUUAAUCAGCGGCCGUGCCUCAUAUCUGAGCGAUAUGGUUAAUGAGCAGUCUACAUUUUUGCUCCCAUGUCUUUAGACAGCGAUCCGUACAUUACAUUAGGCGUCUCAGAAGAAGCCGAACUUCCUGAGAUCAGGUCCGCUUACCGAAGAUUGAUUUCAAAAUACCUCCCGGACAAGUCACAGGAUGAAUUACAGCUAUGGUUUUCUUUUUUAAAGAGAUAUAGCAGCACCUAUUAAACGGCCAUCUUUCUCCUUUCUACAAAUAUCCCUAUUUAUAGCGUGACACCACACUCUACAGAUGUUUGUGGGCGGAGUACAGCGCACAGUAGAUAUACACAAUCCUCGUUCGGUGAUGCCCGGAAGUUGAGCUGGAGCCGGUCGAGUUCGUACCCUCAUUAGUCGAUAGCAUGCUUAAUGGUUCC